CACAUCGACUGGCCGAGCUUCACCUGAGUUUUCUCCUCCGUGUGAACUCUCCAUGCAAGGAACCCCUCGGCAGACUUAAAAAAAAAAAGAUAUUUAGUGGAAACAUCGCUCAACCUGUUGCGCUUGUGGAACGGAGUUAUUGGAGAUGAAGACACAUUUGAACUUUUUCUAUCGGACUUGGAUUGGAAUUGCUUACGCAUCAGGUCUAGUCAUCAGCUUUUCAAUGACUCCACCCAUUCUUGAUCACCCCAGAGAUGACCUAGUGAUCCCGGUUCACCAAACACUCACUAUCACAUGCAGAGGGCAACACACUCUCACUUGGGCCUGGCCCGACCAGUCUCUAGUGGGACAGGAGCUAAGUGAGCGUCAGGCCCAAUCGCCCUUCACUAGGGCCCCCGAGGAGAGGGCAGUCCUGGUCAGCGAGUGUCCGGGUCAGCGUGGGAGACCAUAUUGCAAGAGGCUGAUACUGAACUGGGCUCAUGCUCAAGACACAGGCCGCUAUCUCUGCCACUACAAGGAUGUGAAGGCCAUCAUUGACGGAACCACAGCUGUUAGCAUUUAUGUCUUUGUAAGGGACCCCGAAGAACCCUUCCUCAGGAGGAACAGCAACAUCAAUAACCUGGAGACCAUUUUUAUCACACGCUAUUCCACGCACAUCAUCGUUCCAUGUUUGGUCACAGUGCCCGACCUCAAUGUCACACUUUACGCGUAUCCAAAACCUCUGGAGAAGAACGGAUUGAUGUGGGACAACAAGCGAGGCUGGUCCAUUCCCAGACACAUCAUCGACAGCGAUCCAAUGCUCAUCGGCCUUUCAUGUGUCGCCACCAUUGAAGGCAAAGAGUAUCAGUCGGCUAACUACCUGAUCCACACUACAGGAAGUCAGGUUUACGACGUUAAGAUGUUUCCCGAAGAGCCCAUGGAGCUGAUAGUCGGGGAGGCCCUCACCAUGAACUGCACGGCACAGGUGGAGUUCGAUGCUCCGGUGACCAUGUGGUGGUCCUACCCGGGAAAACAGACCAACAGUUCAGUAGACAUUAAAUUCCACCGAGAAUCUCUGUCUCACAUCACAGAGACGGUCAGCAUCCUGACCAUCCACAGCGCCGCUGUUUCUGACACGGGCCCGUAUACCUGCAAUGUUACCAGCAUGGAGUCCACACAGACCCAAACAAUGCAAGUCAUAGUUCACGAAAAGCCAUUUAUAAGCCUGGACUACAGGAGCGGACCAGUGCUGGAGGUAACAUCAGGCCAGAAGUCCUUCAAAUUACAUGUAAAUGUCUCAGCAUUCCCUACGCCUGGAACACGAUGGUACAAAGACGGAAAGCUGAUUACUGGGCAACCAGAGUUCAAGAUGAAGCGUAUGAGGAUUCACCUUAACCACGCUUUGGAGAUCAGGGAUGUUGGUCCUGGGGAUGCUGGCUUCUACACGGUGGUGCUGAAGAACAGUGCAGCUGCUCUAGAAAGGAGACUGAACAUCACGCUUGUUGUCAAUGUUUCUCCACAAAUAAAUGAGAAAGAAGUGGCCGAACCAUCCAGUCCUUAUCCCAGCGGCAGCACCCAGACGCUAACAUGCACCGCCUAUGGCCUCCCAGCUCCCACCAUCAGCUGGCAGUGGAGGAGCUGGGGCCCAUGUGUUCUCAACAGCACCCACAGGGUCCGACCAGACAGGAAGGCCCGCACUGACAUUGCCCGGGACUGUCAGGACUGGCAGGACAUUUGCUCGGAAACGGCCGUGAAUGAAAUGGACGCUAUUGAAACAUCAGUUGAACUCGUGGACGGACGACCAAAGACAGUGAGCCGGCUGCAGAUUCGCAACGCCAGUGUUUCACUCCUGUACAAGUGCGCUGCAGAGAAUAAAGUCGGGAAAGACGAACGACUGAUUUACUUCUAUGUAACCACCAUCCCUGAGGGGUUCAGCGUGGAUGUGCAUCCAUCCGAGAAUCCUCUGGAGCAGGAGACGGCAUCUUUAAGCUGCAGUGCAGACAAUUACACCUACGAGCAGCUGCAGUGGUACCGCCUGGAACCCCUUGCCCUGCAGGGCAAGCCCCAGGAGCUGGACUGCAGAAGCGUGCACCUCUAUGCCGUCGCCCUUGAUGGACAGCUCUCUUUCCAGCGGCUGUCCAACAGCUGGGUCCUGGUUUUCACCAUUCCUGCCAUACAACUGCAGGAUGAGGGUCACUAUGUAUGUGAGGCUCAGAGCAGACGGAGCGGCGAGAAGCACUGUCUGUUCCAAUAUAUGUCUGUGAAAGGCUUGGAGGCGCCUCGGUACAGGCGCAGCCUCACCAACCAGACUGUGAAUGUGACGGAAUCGCUGCGCAUGGAGUGUGACGUGGAAGGGAGACCUCUGCCCCGCCUCACGUGGUUCAAAGACAACCAGCCGCUCCACCAAAUGUCAGGGAUCCAGCUGCAAGAUUCAAACCGCACACUGAGCAUCCAGCGUGUUAGAGAAGAGGAUGCGGGCCUUUACACCUGCACUGCUUGCAACCAGCGUGGCUGCGUGCACUCCACAGCGACCGUCCGCGUCAUUGGUUCAAGCGACAAGGCAAAUGUGGAGAUCGUGAUCCUCAUCGGGACCGGAGUCAUCGCUGUCUUCUUCUGGGCCUUACUCAUCCUCAUAUUCUGCAAUGUGAAACGGAUCAACCCCGCGGACAUUAAGACGGGGUAUCUGUCAAUCAUCAUGGACCCAGGAGAGGUGCCCAUGGAUGAGCAGUGCGAAUACCUGCCCUAUGACUCCUCCCAGUGGGAAAUCCCUCGAGAUCAACUCCGAUUGGGAAAGGUUUUAGGCCAUGGUGCAUUUGGGAAGGUAAUUGAAGCAUCAAUCUACACCAUCAGCAAGAGCACACGUCCGGAUACAGUGGCUGUCAAGAUGUUGAAAGAGGGAGCCACAGCCAGCGAGCAUAAGGCCUUAAUGUCGGAGUUGAAGAUCCUCAUUCACAUCGGCAACCAUCUGAAUGUAGUCAACCUGCUAGGAGCCUGCACCAAACCAAAUGGCCCACUGAUGGUGAUCGUGGAAUACUGCAAGUAUGGGAAUUUGUCCAACUUCCUGCGAGCAAAAAGAGAGUUCUUCCUCCCAUACAGGGAUCGCUCUCCCAAAACUCAGAGCCAGGUAAGACGGAUGAUCGAAGCCUGCCAAGCGGACCAAAGAGCUCACCUCCAGCACCCCCCGUCCUCGCCGUCCUCCUCCCCGCUCAUGGAGGGCCUCCACACGCCAUCAUCCAAACUGUCCAAUCAGAAAGCUGCUCCGGAGAAACUGGAGGAUUUGUGGAAAACGCCUUUGACCAUAGAAGAUCUAAUUUGCUACAGCUUCCAAGUGGCUCGUGGGAUGGAGUUCCUGGCAUCUCGAAAGUGUAUCCACAGAGACCUGGCGGCCCGCAACAUUUUGCUGUCAGAGAACAACGUGGUGAAGAUCUGCGACUUCGGCCUGGCCCGAGACAUAUACAAAGACCCCGACUACGUCAGGAAAGGCAACGCCCGCCUGCCAUUAAAGUGGAUGGCUCCUGAGAGCAUCUUUGACAAAGUCUACACCAGCCAGAGUGACGUGUGGUCUUUUGGAGUGCUCCUAUGGGAAAUCUUUUCACUCGGUGCAUCUCCGUACCCGGGAGUGCAGAUUGAUGAGGAGUUUUGCAAACGACUGAAAGAUGGGGUCAGAAUGAGAUCGCCGGAGACUGCAUCACCUGAAAUAUAUGGCAUCAUGUUGGCCUGCUGGCAUGGAGAGCCCAAAGAGAGGCCCACCUUCCCAGCCCUGGUGCAAAUCCUGGGAGAUCUGCUGCAGGACAACAGCCUACCAGACGGGAAGGACUACAUCCCUCUGAACCACUCACAGAGCUCCGAGGAUGACGGAUUCUCACAAGCUUCAUCGCGGCCUCCAUCUGAAGAGGAACUGAGGCUAGCCUGCAACACUCUGCCAACGAGCAGGUAUUAUAACUGUGUGCCCUUUGCCGGCUGUGUGACUGUGAGACCCUCAAAGACCUGCCAGCCCAGAGUGAAGACAUUUGAAGAGCUGCCCUUAGAGAUUCACCCUCAACACCACACUCAGGAUAACCAGACAGACAGCGGCAUGGUUUUAGCCUCGGAGGAGUUUGAGAGACUUGAGCACAGGCACCGGGGGGCGGUGUCAAAAAGGCGCAUGAGCAGCAGCAGCAGCACAGAGCCGCUGACGUCCUCCCACGGUUCUCUGGGGCGAAGCUUUGGCGCCACCAGCUCCAGACAUUGUCCAAACUUCUUCAGCCAGCUGUCAGGUCAAACCUUCUACAACAACGAGUAUGGACACCUCUCCGAAGAGGGCUUCUGCGGCAGCGGUGGCGACUUUUUCUCCCCGCUCAACGCCUCCUGCCUGGCCUCCUCCAAUGUGUAACCUCAACAGAAAGGAGAACGGCUCAGGUUAAGGAAUAAGUGGUGAAUAUCUAAAUCGUGAUCAGGGGUUGAAUAAGUGAACCUGAGCCGACCUUGUGCCUGACAUUCCUUCAAACAGCCACUGGGUGGCAGCAUUACGACUUUAAAGCAUACCGAGUAUUUUCUUACCACAUUUAUACUGUAUAUUUUUAUCUUUUGUAUUCAAUGUACUUCACUUGUACAACUGUUGCCUCAU